AUGGGAUUCUCCGAAGAAGAAGAUGAUGAUGGCGGGGAAGGAAACAAUGGCACUAUCGAUACUGCUGAGAAAGUCGACCAUAUUGAAUGGGAUUCGCCACAGGCCACCAACAAGGAGAGUGAGUUCAUGGAACCGGAGAAGUGGACGUUGAAAAUCUCACGCUCUUGGAGCUCUUGGAUUAUGUUGGAGAGAGAGAGUUGA